AUUACUGAGACGAAGGUUUUUGAGGCAUGAAAUCUCGAAUAUAAUCGUGAGAUUUCCUAUUCACGCUCCUCUUUCAGUCACCCUCCAAGAUGCCUACUAGAAAUACCAAGACCAGGAAGCUCAGGGGGCACGUCAGCCACGGUCAUGGCCGCAUCGGGAAACACAGGAAGCAUCCCGGAGGUCGUGGUAAUGCUGGUGGUAUGCAUCACCACAGAAUCAACUUUGACAAAUACCACCCUGGUUACUUCGGUAAGGUCGGUAUGAGACAUUACCACCUGAAAAAGAACACCAUCUUCUGCCCGACCAUCAACCUGGACAAGCUCUGGACUUUGGUCAGUGAGCAGACCAGGCUCAACUACGGCAAGAAGCCCGAAGGCCCCGCCCCCAUCAUUGAUGUCGUGCGCGCUGGGUACUUCAAAGUGUUGGGCAAAGGCAAACUCCCCAAGCAGCCCGUCAUCGUGAAGGCCAAGUUCUUCAGCCGGAGGGCCGAGGAGAAGAUCAAAGGAGUGGGUGGAGCUUGUGUGCUAAUGGCGUGAUCACCCGAUACAGUUUUUGCAGGAAUAAAUGUUUAAAAUUAA